CACGUGACUGAUCACAUGGCUGACAUAACCACAGGUCCUGUACCCGCAGAUCAGCAGCACAGUUCCCCGCAGCUUAAUUUACCCAGGGUGACUCCGAUCAAGGUGGAGAAACAUCUCAGAGAUGAUCAAGAGAAAUGGGAGGAGCCAGAUAUAGAGGUCCCUAAUAUAUAUGAUCAGCUGAUAUCCUGUAUAUAAGAGAAUAUUCCUGAUCAAUGAUGGAGAAGGACAGAGACAAGAUGGCGGAGAGGAUAAUACACCUCACUAUAGAGAUACUCUUCCAGCUUACCGGAGAGGAUUACACGGUGGUGAAGAAGACCUCUAGGGGGCGCCAUCAGGCCCCUGUGUGUGAAGGAUGGGGAAGAACCCUGAGGCCAAUCCCGGGGCCUCCACCUCACUCCCUGAUACAUGAGGAGAUGAAUGAGCAGAAGAUCCUAGAACUCACCAACAAGAUGGUGGAGCUGCUGACUGGAGAGGUUCCUAUAAGGUGUCAGGACGUGGCCGUCUAUUUCUCCAUGGAGGAGUGGGAGUAUUUAGAAGGACACAAGGAUCAGUACAUAGCGGACAUAGUCAUGAUGGAGGAUCAGCAGCCCCUCACAUCAGCAGAGAGAUGUCCCCGUCCUCUUCCUCCAGAGGAUUCUUCAGAAGGAGAUGACAAUGUCCUCCAGGAUUAUCAGCUUAUGGAUCAGAGUAAAGAUGUGAAGAACAUUAAUGCUCCAGACAUAAUGGUGAAAGAGGAGACAGAUGUGAGGGGUGAUGAUCCGUGUACAGAGGACAUCCCUACAGCGCCCCCGCCAGAUUACUAUUCCGGUAGCUUGGAGGAACAUUUAAUUUUUUCACCCUUUAAGGCAGAAGAUGAUGGCCUCACACGAGAUAUAUAUAAAGAGCAUGGAAUUAUCCCAGAUGAGUCCUCAGCCCUUCACAGCAAAGAUCCAUCGACUGGUCCUAUUAUACAGGUUCUAUCUUCUGAUUCAUCACAGGGCGUUAAUAAAAGUCAAGAAUGGGGUGGUAACCCACAAAGAGCCCACACGGGGGAGAAGCUAUAUUCAUGUUCAGAAUGUGAGAAAUGUUUUAACCAGAAAUCAGAUCUUGUUAGACAUCAGAGGAGCCACACAGGGGAGAAGCCAUUUUCAUGUUCAGAAUGUGGGAAAUGUUAUACCGUGAAAUCAAAUCUUGUUAAACAUAUGGCUUUUCAUACCGGGGAAAAGCCAUUCACAUGUUCUGACUGUGGGAGAUGUUAUAGCGUUGAAUCCAAUCUUGUUAAGCAUCAAAGAAUUCACACAGGAGAGAAGCCAUUUUCAUGUUCAGAAUGCGGCAAAAGUUUUAACCAUAAGUCAGAUCUUGUUAGACAUCAACGAAAUCACACAGGGGUUAAGCCAUUUUCCUGUUCAGAAUGUGGCAAAGGUUUUAAUCAAAGAUCAGAUCUUGUUCGACAUCAAAGAAGUCACUCGGGGGUGAAGCCUUUUUCAUGCUUAGAAUGUGGGAAACGUUUUAUUCAGAAAUCAAAUCUUGUUACGCAUCAAAGAAUCCACACAGGGGAGAAGCCGUUUUCAUGUUCAGAAUGUGGAAAACGUUAUAAUGUUAAAUCAGAGCUUGUUACACAUCAGAGAAUUCACACAGGAGAGAGGCCAUUUUCAUGUUCAGAUUGCAGUAAAUGUUUUAACCAGAAAACAGAUCUUGUUAGACAUCAGAGAAUUCACACAGGGGAGAAACCAUUUUUAUGUUCAGAAUGUGGGAAAUGUUAUAGCGUUAAAGCAAAUCUUGUUACACAUCAAAGAAUUCACACAAAGGCGAAGCCAUUUCCACGUUUAGAUUGUGGAAAAAGUUAUCAAAUGAAACCAAGUCUUGUUACACUUGAGAAAAUUCAAACAGAGAAAAAAACAUUCCCAUGUUCAGAAUGUGGGAAACGUUAUAGCGUUAAAGCAAAUCUGGUGACACAUCAGAGAAUGCACGCUGGGGAAAAACCAUUUUCAUGUACGCUGUGUGGCAAUUUUUUUACCCAAAAAUCAGAUCUUGUUAGACAUCAGAAAAUUCACACAGGUGUAAAACCAUUUUCCUGUUCAGAAUGUGGUAAAUGUUUUAACCAGACAUCGGAUCUUGUUAGACAUCAGAAAAGCCACACAGGGGAGAAGCCAUUUUCGUGUUCAGAAUGUGGGAAAUGUUUCAUCCAGAAGUCAAACCUUGUUACACACCAGAGAACUCACUCCAAGGAGAAGCCAUUUUCAUGUUCAGACUGUGGGAAAUGUUUUACACGGAAAUCAAUUCUUGUUGACCAUCAAAAGAACUCACACCAGGGAGAAACCUUACGCAUGUUAAGUAUGUGGGAAAUGUUUAAUACACAAAUUACAUCCUCCUAAGAAUUGAAGGACUCAUCAGACAAAUAGGCAAUUUAUAUUUAACUUAUUGACAAAUAAUAAUAUGAUAAAAUACAGUUACAGUUAAAGUCUUGUGUCUUACAAGAGAAAGGGAAGCCACAAGAGGUGACACGUGUGGACGCAGGAUGUCCUGCACAUAUCGCUGAGCUGUUUUUGUUCCUCUUAUCACCACUAGGGGUGAUUUAACCAAUCAUUUGUAGAUGACCUUUGUGCUUAGGGGGGGGAGAUUUAUUUAAAAUGUGUCCAGAUGAAAAGUUGCCCAGUGGCCCAUAGCAACCAAUCAGCUCGCCUCUUUAAUUUUUAGCUAGGCCUUUACAAAAUGAAAGAAGCGAUCUAAUUAGUUGCUAUGGGCAACUGGGCAACUUUUCCUUUGCACAGGUUUUGAUAAAUCUCACCCAGGGUCUUUGUCUUGCUGCAUGAUCCUCGUUCUCUUGAGUUUUAGGCCAUAUUUUCCUCUAGAAUGUGCUGCUAUAAUUCAGAAUUCAGGCCCAGGCCAUGCGAGUACCACAUAGUGUUUACAGAUUGUAUGAUGUUUGCUGGAAUGCUUUAUUUUGGUCUACUUUGUCUUGUCAUUGUGAUCUUUAGCAAACUGCAGAUGGGCAGCAGUGUUCUUUUUGGGCAGCAAUGUCUUUAUCCUUGUAAUCCUGUCGUGCAGACCAUUCCAUUGUAGCUCAGUGUCCUCCUGAUGGUGGACUCACCAAUAUUAACUAAUGCUGGAGGAUCUUUCUGUUACCUUUCCACAUAUUUCCUCAGUAAACCAAUGACCAAUUCUAAGAUCUUUGACUUAUUUGUUUCAUUUGGUUCUCUUUAUAUUCCUUUUGGAAGUCGAUGUAGUUUUAGAUUAAAUAUAUGCCGAAAUAUAGGGAAUCGGCUUUUAUUUCCCCUUCAGACGAUCUCCGUUCAUGGAGCAGGAAGCCAAAGAAGCUGUGCUGCCCGGCUAUGAAAAGUCUUCACGCCCCUGAAAUAUUAGAAUAUAUUUGUGAUGUAAAUUCUGUUCUCCCUGUGUAGAGAUACAUCAGAAUCACCAUAUAAGAUAAAGCAACAUACUCCUUAUGUAUAAUCACCACAUCUCACCGUACAAUCACCGCAUCUCACCGUACAAUCACAUGUAUAAUCACCACAUCUCACCGUACAAUCACAUGUAUAAUCACCACAUCUCACCGUACAGUCAUAUGUAUAAUCACUACAUCUCACCGUACAAUCACAUGUAUAAUCACCACAUCUCACCGUACAAUCACAUGUAUAA